AUGGUGGGAUUGAAGAAACUAUUCCUGACGGACAAGACUCAUUCUCGUCCGGCAACCAGCCUUGGACUGGAGAGCUGUGGCAUAGAUCAACCCUAUUUUCACACGGCGGUUGACUCGCCUACACGAAGUCACUUUGAGGGUGGUUUCCUGUCCAGAGAUUCGCAGUCACUAGAUGUGGCUCAUCAUUUUGAUCAAAUCGAGAAGCAGUUCGAAGAUCUACAUGAUCGACUGAAACGGCCGACAUCUUCUCAAUCCCAAUUGCCGCCUCUCAGCCCUCAUUUCGCGCCCAAACCUCAGAAUGGCCGACAUAUCGACUUGAUGGAUGCUCUGCUCUCUACGGAGCAAAAUCAAACGACUACCCCGGAGCCAAUUUCUCCCCCUGUCAGCCUAUACAACGAAGAUGUCGCGGAACGAAACAUGACCCGGUUUCUACGGAUCCAAAACCGGAAUGGAAUUGCCCGCUCGGGUAUACUUUCGGCCUUAUACCAAGAGGACGUGGCCGACAGAAAUAUUGCGAAAUAUAGCAGCCCUGGUCGCUCUUUGUCUCACUUAAGUUCUUGGUCAUCGCCGGCUGCGCCUGGUAGAGUACGGAUUCCAGAAAGCCAACGGCGCAAAGCCAGGAAGCGGGACCCAGGGAAGCCGAGCUGGGCAUCAGCAGAAAAUCUACGGACAAAGCUCUCCCCAGAUGAUGGCUCGGGCACUUCAUCUCCACGAUCACAGUCCCAUCUUGGCAACUACCUUAGACCCCAGAGAUCUGCGCCGAGCCUGUCUGCAGACGAAGGCUUUGUCCCACAAGAAGAUGGACCCCCAACUCCUGUCCAGCGCCUGGGUGUUCCCCCUGCCUAUAAACAAGGCAAAAGGUGGAGCAACACUCCUCUGCCGGAUAGUCCUACAAUUCCUAUUCCUAUGGGUGAUAGUGACGGCGCCGCCAAGGCUGCUUCGGUACCACAACAACCUGCUACAAUAGCCCCCAGGACACAAAUAUCGCUCCCUCCGCCACAGUUAUCAGAGCCAAGCUCCAAAAAGAAUGCACGAGGACUCUCGAUCAAUACGCAAUUAGCUGCCAAAGGACCUCCAAAAAUUGCGCACCGUGCCAUCCAGCCGCCAACACCCUCAACUUGCAAGUUGAACAGGGCUCCCAGCAUCGCAGAAGUGAUGAACAGUCCUUUGCCAGUUCCCAGCCCAAUCAGUCCCCCGAAAUCAUCUUCACGCUUCGUAGACAUGAUGGACUUUUUCACCAAGGCUUACAAGUCCGUCCAAGGCUCCCACUCAACCUACGAGACACUGCAGGACGCCAUAGUCCGCGAGGUCAAUUCCCACGAGGCAUUCCGCCGAGUCCCCGUGCCCGCCCCAGGGCCUCCAUUCACACCCUCGUCAGACCAAGACGAGUUCAGCAACGACUCCAGACCAGCAACAGCACUCCACCGAAGCCUCUCCGCGAAGAAACGGCUCAUGAACAAGAACUCGUACAAGCACAAGAGCACCCCCGAAACCCGCCGUAGCAUCUCAACCAGCGUCGGCUAUGACCGCCUCCUACGAAAAGUCUCCAGCUCCCCCGCUCGUCGUCGACACACCGACGCCCCACCCCCCACCCCAGGUUUCCUGGCCGAAUUCCAACCUCACAAAGAGCCCAUCAUCACCCGCCCCGGAUCAGGAGAGCCAAUCACGUACCUGGACGUGCUGCACGCAAGCAGUGAACAGCGACCUAUCUCAACCGGCGCCUGCGCAAGCCCCUCUGUAUCUCGCAAACGAGGACGCUCGGAAUCCAUCGGCAAUCUUGCCGCCAUGACCUGCGCGGGCCCUGAUCUGUCUUUUGCCCCCGGGACAGUCUACUGCAUGCAAGCUCACUCGACUCCUUCGAGUAAUACCUCACAGGAAGACAGUGACGAUGAUAUCAUUCACCUCCCUAACCUGACUCCCCCGCCGCGUGUGCAGAUCGAAGGCGUCGACGAGAAUAACAUCCGCUAUGUCAUCGAUGCUGCUUCGCCGGAUGAGGCGCAGAAACUCAUGUACUGGCCUCAGCAGGUUCGCCGCGGUGGUACCAAUCAUUACGGGAAUAGUCUGUCGCCGUUGUCUCGUGCUCGCAUGCAGCUUCGUGGUUCGCGCUCGGUUGAGACUUACUAG